AUGGAUGUGCCUGGGGGCUCGCAUGCUCAGCGAGUGCUGUCCUUACUGAACCAACAGAGGGGAGUGGGUCGCUUCUGUGACGCAAUGCUGAGUAUCCCAAACGGCCAGGUGUAUUUGGCCCAUCGCAAUGUCCUCGCAUGCUUCAGUCAGCUCUUCCAGGAGUCUAGUUCAACAUCUAGCACACCCUGCAUGGAGGUUUGCCUCCCAGAAGAAUGUCCAAACGACGGCCUCGAGCUCUUGCUGAAUUUCUUCUACACUGGAGAACUCACGAUUGACAGCAGUAAUUUGGAGAAGGUGCGUCACGCUGCCAGUAGCCUUUCUGUUCCAGAAUAUCUGAUCCCUUGUCAGGACUUUCCGGGAGAAAAAGCCUUUCAGACAGAAGUGGCAACAAGUGGACAGGAUGAAGGCAAACCAGUUAUGACUGUGUUGCCUGUGGACUCAAAGGCUGAUAUGCCUGUCAAAAGGAAGCCUAAGACUCGGCAAGGCACUAAAAACAAAACAGACGCAGCCUCUGGAAUGUCUGAAACACUUUCUGCUGUUUUGGACCAUGAUGAGGUCGAUGAGCUCACCACUGUCAACACGACUUUCACCACCUCCGUCACCACCUCCAUCACCACCACUACUCGUUCAGGGAGGAAGAUAAAGGGUCCCAGCAGGUUGGUUGGGGAGACCCCUUCACCAGUUGUGUCAAGGAUGGGGACCACCAGAAGGAGAGCGCCGAUGCUAGAAGCCAAAGAAGAGUGCAACAGUGUACCCCAGGGAGGAGAUGAAUGCAGUCAAGCUUUGAGUGAGAAUGAGGAGGGCGGAGCAGUUGAAAACAGGAAUGAUGACAAUGAUGAGGAUGGUGGAGAGAUUGAGGUUUUCACUGAGGACACUGAUGAAGAGUAUGUGCCCAACAGCAUGCCUGCCACCAUGGCAACCUCUCAGCGAGGACCGCGCAGACCAAGUCGCAAAGCUGUCAACAAAGAGAACGGGGCAUCAAAAGACAAAAAGAAAGACACUGUUCAGUGCCCCACUUGCCAUAAGACAUUCCUUAGCAAAUACUAUCUCAAAGUGCACAACAGACGACACACAGGUGAGAAGCCAUUUGAAUGCACUAAGUGUGGGAAGUGCUACUACAGAAAGGACAAUCUACAGGAGCAUGAGGCCAGGAACUGUCAGAGCAGAGCGGAGGUGGUAUUCACAUGCUCCAGGUGCUCCAUGACCUUUCGCAAAAGACUUGAGCUUCGUCUACAUAUGGUCACACACACAGGAGAGAUGCCCAACAAGUGUACGUCAUGUAGUGAACAGUUCAUGCAGAAGAAGGAGCUGAGGAUCCACUUGAUCAAAGUUCACGGGGCUCCAAAACCACAUGCGUGUCCAUUGUGUCCCAAGUGUUUUCUGUCUCGCACGGAGCUGCGUCUCCACGAGGCCUCAAAACACCGCGGUGAGAAGCUGUUUGUCUGUGAAGAAUGUGGUCACCGAGCAUCCAGCCGCAAUGGACUGCAGAUGCACAUCAAAGCCAUACACAGAAAUGAACGUCCAUUUGUCUGUGAGUUCUGCAACCAUGCCUUUACCCAGAAGGCUAAUCUGAACAUGCAUCUCAGAACACACACAGGGGAGAAACCUUUCCAGUGUCACCUCUGUGGAAAGACCUUUCGCUCUCAAGCCAGUCUGGACAAGCACCACCGUACUCACACAGGUGAACGACCCUACGCCUGUGAGUUCUGUGAGCAGCGUUUCACUGAGAAGGGCCCACUCCUGCGCCACGUGGCCAGCAAACACCAGGAAGGCCGUCCACACUUCUGCACCAUAUGCAGCAAGACCUUUAAAGCCAUUGAGCAGCUUCGUGUACAUGUGCAACGCCACAAAGGGAUGAGGAAAUUUGAGUGCACUGAAUGUGGCUACAAGUUCACCAGACAGGCCCACCUGCGGCGACACUCCCAGAUCCACAAUCGUGUGGAGAACUACAACCCACGCCAGAGAAGGCUUCGGAACCUGGUGGUGAGUGACGAGGCUGCUCCCGAUACAGCCACCACAUCUGAGAACCCAGAGGGUUCCGGAACCGUAGUCAACAUGGUUGUUCAGCCAACCACAGUCAUGGUGCAGGAGGAUGUGACUACACAUGGUGCAAAUACGGCAAAAGAGCACACUACAUUUACAGUAACCCAAAAGACUGUGAGUGUAGAGCAGGCUGAGUCAUGUGUAGCACAGGGGACUGGAGGAGGAGAGGUACAAGCAGAGCUGACAGUUGCCGACGUGAUGGAGCAAACGCUGCUUGUCACGGAGCCUUACCAGAUCCACCACUCCAGCGUGGUAGUGGAGCUGGAGGACGCUGGAGCUGAAGAGAAAGCAGGAGGAGAGACUUAG